UGCGCUGCCGGUGGCUGCGAGGCGCGGACCGGGCGCAGACUGAGUAGGGGACGCUGGGACAGCGACAUGGCCGGACAGACGCAGCAGCCGAGCGGGGGCGGGGACGGGGGCCCCAGUCCGAGCCCAAGCCCGCCCGCGGACAACUUGGCCGCGGCCCCAGGCCGGGUAGAAGAGAGGGUGGCACUGAAGAAGGAGAUUGGGCUAGUGAGCGCCUGUGCCAUCAUCAUUGGUAACAUCAUUGGCUCUGGGAUAUUCAUCUCCCCCAAAGGUGUGCUGGAGCAUACAGGUUCAGUAGGCCUCGCCCUUGUGGUCUGGGUACUAGGUGGAGGAAUCGCAGCCCUCGGCUCCCUCUGUUACGCCGAGCUCGGAGUGGCCAUCCCUAAAUCUGGAGGAGACUACUCCUAUGUGACCGAAAUCUUCGGAGGCCUUGCAGGCUUCCUACUGCUUUGGAGCGCAGUGCUCAUCAUGUACCCCACCAGCCUGGCCGUCAUCUCAUUGACCUUUUCUAACUAUGUCCUCCAGUCUGUGUUCCCCAACUGCAUCCCACCCUACACAGCAUCCAGAGUGCUCUCCAUGGCCUGCCUAUUGCUCCUCACGUUUGUGAAUGGCUCCAGCGUCCGGUGGGCCACACGGAUCCAAGACAUCUUCACAGGAGGGAAGUUGCUGGCACUUGCCCUCAUCAUCACCGUGGGCUUCAUCCAGAUCUUCUGGGGCAACUAUGAGGAGCUGAGGCCCAGCAACGCAUUUAGCUUCUGGAUGACACCCACCGUGGGGCACCUGGCGCUUGCUUUCCUGCAGGCAUCCUUUGCAUUCAGCGGCUGGAAUUUCCUCAACUAUGUUACAGAAGAACUGGUUGAUCCCCGCAAGAACCUACCUCGAGCCAUCUUCAUCUCCAUCCCCCUGGUGACAUUCGUGUACACAUUCACCAAUGUGGCAUACUUCACAGCUAUGUCCCCACAGGAGCUCUUGUCUUCCAAUGCUGUUGCUGUGACAUUUGGAGAAAAGCUACUGGGCUACUUCUCUUGGAUCAUGCCUGUCUCCGUCGCCCUCUCCACCUUUGGAGGGAUCAAUGGAUAUCUUUUCACCUCCUCCAGAUUAUGCUUUUCUGGAGCCCGUGAAGGUCACCUUCCCAGCCUGCUGGCCAUGAUUCAUGUCCAACACCGAACCCCCAUCCCUGCGCUUCUCGUCUGUUUCGGGGCCACAGCAGUGAUCAUGCUUGUGGGAGACACAUAUACAUUGAUUAAUUACGUGUCCUUCAUCAACUACCUCUGUUAUGGAGUGACCAUCAUUGGCUUGAUUGUGCUGCGAUGGAAGAGACCCAAGCUCUUCAGACCCAUCAAGGUAAAUCUUCUCAUCCCAAUCACAUACUUGACCUUUUGGGCAUUUCUGCUGAUCUUCAGCUUUUACUCAGAGCCUGUAAUCUGUGGCAUUGGCCUCAUCAUCAUUCUCACAGGCGUCCCUGUGUUCUUCCUGGGCGUGUCCUGGAGAAACAAACCAAAGUGUGUGCACAGGCUCAUUGAGUCCUUUACGUGGUGGGGCCAGAAGUUGUGCUUCGUGGUAUACCCGCAAAGUGAUGCCCCUGAAGAGGAAAACGGUCCCUGCCCUCACCCCACCCCCUCGGGAAGUGAAAAGGCUUUGAAGACACAAUGAGAUGCUUAUCAAGACUUAAGUAGAUUUUUUUUUUGUUUACAUGUUAUGUUUUUGUUUUUGAAAAAGUUUUCUUGAGGAAAAAAAGAUAUGUUUCUUAGACACUUUUAAUAGCAAAGCCCCACAAACAACAGCCCCCACCCCAGAUCAGUCCACCUUAACUAUACAGACAGCAGGAAGUCUACAAAUAAAACAAGGAUCCGAUGGGUUAAUUCUGACACGGUUCAGUCCAUCAGUAAGGUUGAUUUGGAAGCAAAAUGCAUAAAGGCCAGUGGGCUAGCUCAAGUCCUGAUGGGCCAGCCAAACUGGGAACGUGGGCCCAUCCUCACACUUCUGCCUGAGAGCUUCACAUCUCAGAGAGGAGGAGAGCAGAAAUAGAACCAACAUGAUCACAUGUGCUGGAUUUGUAAUUCCAUAUAAUGUAGUCAGUGCUCAUGGCUCAUGGUCCAUGCCCCUGAUGGCAAUAGCUGAGGGCAUGUGGUCAAUAAGCAAGUUUGAGGGAGGCUACCUUUAGGCAAAGAAAUGAGUAUUUCAGUAGCUUAAUCUUGAGAAUGGAGGAAUCCCCAGUCAUUCAUACCUGAGAGGAUCCUGUAAUCUGAAUAUGGGGACCCCAUUCCUUUCUCAUACACCUUUUCAAGAAAAAUGGAAUAUCACUCACUUUUGACCUUUGGUCACACUUGCUUGGUACAAGAAACAAUUGAUGCCAGGAAAAGACAGCAGAGCGAAGAAAAUAGAGACAACAAGGAUCUUAACAGAUAGGGAUGGAGGGAGGAUUGAGAUGAUUCUCCAGCAUUUGUCAUUUGCCAUGGGUGGGGCUGGGAUUAACAGAAAUGGUAAUGGCAUCAACUUGAAAAGAGUGGAGGGGGGCACUGCCCCAUCCUCCUGUCAUUGACAAUGGUUCUUCUAUAAAGAUGUGACCAAGAAAGACAGCUGGAACUGAGUUUUGUGCACUGAAAGGUAUGGAUCAGGACCAGAUGGAAGUGGUAGGCCCAAAUAUCGGGCCAAGUGGAACCAAGGCUUGGGAUCAGUGCCAUAGCUGUUCAUCUGGAUGACAGCUGAUCCCAGGGGCUCCCUCCCCUCUGUGCUCUGGCUUGGCAGCAGGGAUCCAGAACUAUGUAGUAUGCACCAGAAUUUCGGGGUGCCUUCUUAUCACUCUGAUGAAAGUCAUUUCUGCCACACAAGAGCUAGUCACAGGGGUUUUCCUUCCCCUUGUCAUGGCUCUGUAGGCAGAAGGGCAGUUUCAGUAGUCAACCAUCACCCCCUGUAUCCAGACCCAAGGACAUGUGCAAAUAUUGCCCUGCCCCUGAAUGUUGAUGGGUCUCCCUUGAACUUGGCUUUAUCCCAUUGUGUGAGCACUCUAAAAGAGGGAAAAGAUGGUAAGGUCUAGGGCUUCUGGGACCCUGCCAACCUUGGGGAAGGGCACAGAAUUGGCAGGAACCAUGGAGCUUUUCUGAAUUUCUGUCCCCACUCCCAGGCUUUCCUUCCCAAUAAUACUUGAAGACCUAUUUCCUGAGCCUUCACUGACCAUGUGUACACAAGUUGGGUGUGCUGGAGAACAGACAGGAAGGCUUGCUCAGCAGUUGCCUUAUCAACUUAAGAGGACUUGCCUAUGGCAAAUGAAAACUUCAGACUUUGAAAUCCUGACAGGAGGGAAGAAAGUAGAAAGGAAUGGGAUUAACUGUAAAACAGCAAACUGGCUUCAGCAAGAACAUGACAUUGCUUAUGUAAUCACAGGUACAAUGUUGUCUGAGGCCUGACAACACAGACAAGAAAGCUCAGAAAACCAUCUCCAUAGCUAUGACAGAGACAAAAACACAGAAGCAAAGAAUGGGCUGGCCACAUGAAACAAAGAUACCUCCUCCUGAACUCCCUAUUCCCCUCUCGGCCCCACAGAUCCUUUCACUCACUGUGUCCAAUAGCACCUGAUACCAGAGAAGUUUCUGGGAAUUUCUGUACCACAAAACGUGUCCAGGGGAAGUAGAGAAAGAAAAGAAGUCACCUCAGUGUGGUUCCUCUAAAUUUGGUGCCCUGCAUCAAAGCCCUGGUCAUUCCAGUCUAGUUAGAUAGAGAAGCCCUCCGUGAGACCAAUCUCAGCCUUGAGCCAGUCUUGCUUCUCUGCCUGCAAAUUUAAAGACUAUGGUAGAGCACCCUGAUAUUUAACCUUUCCUCCUCAAACUGCCCCUACCACUCCCCAAAGGAACUGGUCUUACUCCAUCUUCUGAAGGGAUACAGGCCCAAGCUCGUACCUUAUACAGGUAACCUCACUCAGGCCAUCCCAGCCAUAGUUUCUUUGGGGAAUACUCCAAACCAGGGUCAGACUGUCCUGGAACUGGACCCUUUGUCCCUCGCUUGGUAUAACUUUCUUCUCUGGACACCUCAAAUGUUGAAUGGGGUUUUCAGAAAGAGCUGGCAGGGAUACCCAGCAUCCAUCAUCGUGCCCACACUGGGAAAGGCCACUCAGGCACCUGAGCACCUGAUCCAGCACUAAGCUCUCCCCACU